GGCCUGACCGACCGACCCACCAGUCAGCAUGAACUACCUACGCAGGCGUCUGUCCGACAGCAGCUUUGUGGCCAACCUCCCCAACGGCUACAUGAUGGACCUGCAGAGUGGGCCUCGCCCUACCCCGCCCUCCUCCACCUCCAAUCCCGCCUCUCCAGCCACGGAGAGGCGAACGCCCCCCAGCCUGCCACCACAGGCCCCGGCUUCAAGCUCGGCCCCAGCCCCGCCCCCGGCCCCGACCCCCGGGGGUUUCCUCAGCUCCUUCUCCAGCGUGGUGAAGACCGCCCAGUUGGCACAGAACGCCGCAGCAGCAGCCAAGGCUUCAGCGGCGGUGGCAGAAGCUGCACCAGCAGCGCCCGCCAAACCUGUCAUACGGAAGCCCAAGAUUCUACUGGUCAUCGACGAUCUGCACACAGACUGGGCCAAGUAUUUCCGAGGGAAGAAGUUGAACGGGGAGUGCGACAUCCGGGUGGAGCAGGUGGUGUCCUACGAUGGUGCCACGUUGAAAGUCAGUGAGAUCUUCAGUAAGGCCAUUCUACUGCCAAUAUUUGUUUAUGGAGAGGCCAAGUAUUUCCGAGGGAAGAAGUUGAACGGGGGAGUGCGACAUCCGGGUGGAGCAGGUUGGUGGCGUUUAGGACUGUUGGAGCUGCAGGGGAAUGUGGCUGGGGAUGGCUCAGACGAGGGAUUGGGUUUUGUUAGCUCAGCUGAUGCCACUCUUGGCUCAGUGUUCAACACCAUCGUGCCCUCAAAGCCCAUCACUAAGCUAAGGACCCUGGGACUAAACACCUUCCUCUGCAACUGGAUCCUGGACGUCCCGCACCCAGUUGAGCUCUCUCCCAGACAGGCCAAGCUGCAGUGUCCCUUCCCCUCCAGAGAGGAUCUCUGCUCUGCCUGGGAGUUUGAUCAAGCAGAGUUCUCAGAGAUCAACCUGGCUUCGUACAUGAACACUGGGUGUAUGAUUGAUAUGCAGGCCAUAAGAGGAGGAACCAAAGUGGUCAGAUCCUUCAAGCCAGACUUUGUCCUGAUUCGCCAGCAUGCCUACAGCAUGACUCCGGGCGAAGACUUCAGGAGCCUGGUGAUUGGCCUUCAGUACGGGGGAGUCGCCAGCAUCAACUCCCUGCUCUCCAUCUACAACUUUUGCAGCAAACCCUGGGUGUUUUCCCACAUGAUUGAGCUCUACCACUCCCUGGGCCCAGAGAAGUUCCCACUGAACGAACAGACCUUCUACCCCAACCACACCCAGAUGGUGACGACACCAACGUUCCCCGUGGUGGUCAAGAUGGGCCAUGCCCACGCCGGCAUUGGCAAGAUCAAAGUGGAGAACGAACUUGACUUCCAGGAUAUUACCAGUGUGGUGGCGCUGGCCAGAACCUAUGCCACCUCUGAGCCCUACAUCCUGUCCAAGUACGACAUCAGGAUCCAGAAAAUCGGCAACAACUACAAGGCCUACAUGAGGACGUCCAUCUCAGGCAACUGGAAGGCUAACACAGGCUCAGCCAUGCUGGAACAGAUCGCUAUGACAGACAGAUAUCGUGCGUGGGUGGACUCCUGUGCCGAGAUGUUCGGGGGCCUUGACAUCUGUGCUGUGAAAGCCGUCCACGGGAAAGAUGGCAACGACUACAUUAUCGAGGUGAUGGACAGUUCCAUGCCUCUGAUUGGUGAGCACGUGGAGGAGGACAGGCAGCUGAUCACUGAUCUAGUGAUCAAUAAGAUGUGCAGCGUGCUGCUCGGGAUCAACACACCACAGCCCAUCGCUGUGAAGCCACAGACGACCCAGCCAAGAAGGGCCCAAGGUGGGCAUCGCUCUGGCUCUAGUUCUCCCUCCCAGUCAGCCCAGGGUUCUCCUCAGCGAGCCCGCUCAGCUAACACCUCUCCCAGCCAGGCCUUCCAGCCCGGACCCAUCCCACCUCCCGUUACCACCGGCCCCUGCUCCCAGAAACAACCUCCUCAACUGAACAAAUCCCAGUCGCUCACCAACACCUUCACUGAGACCCUGAAAGGGAACGCCACGGACGACGAGGCCAAGGCAGAGACCAUCCGCAGCCUGCGCCAGUCCUUCGCCAGCCUCUUCUCCGACUAACUUCAACAGACUCCUCAUAUCCAUCCGCCUACUAUCAGCCAUUAGCCAUCGGCCUCCAGAAGAGCUCCAAGCUACCCAUCUGUUACAGAGCGCUCAGUCAACCCACAGAGCAGAAGCUUCCUGUCCACCACUUCCUACUUUCUGUUAUUAUCCAUAAAUGGCAGGUAGAGAGCAUCCACCUCUCAGAAUCAUCCGUCAAAUAACAAAAAUACUAAAUUGGGUUAUAGUUCAUCUUGUACUGCUUGGUUGGUGUAGUUCAGAUGUCAGUUUGCAUUCUGUUUGUCAUUUCAUCAAAUGUUCAUCAUCUGAUUCAUUCUUUUGUUUUGGUCAUAAUGUGUUUAUCAACUUCAAGGAUGUUGAUAUACUUUGGAAGAUAAAGGAUAUAUUGCAGUAUUUAGAAAUGACCCAUAAUAGUGUAUGAGCUCGGUUCACCAGCAAUGCUUAGCAUCUUGCCAGUCUCAUUUCACAGAAAUACUAUUGCCAUGUUGAUUGGCUGAUUUAGUUACUAUAUAAUUAUUUGUGAUUUUGCUUUGGCAUUUGAUUACCAAAGUGAUUUUUGAUUAAAAUUCCUUGUAUUAGGUCAAAAUAGUUUAGGCUAUAUACUGUACCUGUCAAUUUGCAAUUUUACGAGACGGAAAUAUUAUCUUAAGUCUUCCAUCACAGACAAUUCUUCCCUAAGUUCUAAGCUUAUAUGAACUAUCCAAUGUAAAUAGCGCUAUGAACUAUUUUUUAAAUUUAGGGCAUAUGAUUCAACCCCCCCCCCACCAUCACAUUAUAAUAGAGAAGGACAGACUAAUCACAUGACUGGUUAGUUUAUUCUUUUGACUUUAAGUGCAAACAUUUUAAGUCUCUGCGCCCAAAUUGAUUUUCUGUUUAAGGUAUAAUUUUUGACUGGUAUGAAAAAUGACAAUUCUAUUUCAUGGAGUGAAUAUUGUCCCCAUACUUUAUUUUUAGUAAUUGCACUUCAAGUCGCACUAUCAGCAAUAUGGGUGAAAUUAAUCUUGCUCUCCAACUUGAUUUAAAUACAUUUAACAAUUAUUAACAUUGUCUUUUCACUUUCAAACUGUAUUUAUUGUCCUGAACAUAUAUGCCAAUCAUAGUAAGGUAUUAUUAUCAAAAUGGACCAAAUUAUGUGUUUGUAUUUUAAAACCUGUGUGUUUGAAUGAUUUUGUCUCUGUUAAAUGUGAAAUGCUUCUACAAUUCAAAGUACUGAAUACUAUGAAAAGCCAUAACAAAACUAUGAUUCACUGAAAAUCUUGAUGUCGAUAAAUCAAAAUGUUUACUCGUUAUCACUGUGAGUGUUAGUUAUGCUUCUAAGAAUUCAAUCGUUUUGCUUCUACUAGUGAUGACUUAUAGUGUACAUGGUAUAAUGCUGUAAACUUGUGAAUGCCACACCUCCAUAUUUGGGUGCCACACCUCCAUAUUUGGGUGCCACACCUCCAUAUUUGGGUGCCACACCUCCAUAUUUGGGUGCCACACAUCCAUUGUGAUUUAUUUACUCAUUUGUUAAUUGACCAUUUCAGUAAGCAAAUAAUGUUAAUUAACUACUGAAGAAAUUCAGAAUUGAGUGGUGAUGAGGUCACCUAGUAACUACCUCAAUUCCAGCAAGCUGUGAUGCUACUAGUAGUUACCACUAAUACUCUGGAGUGGGUGAAAUUAAGACAAAAAAAAGGGAAUGGCUUUUCAUUUGACCUAAUCUGUGUGUCUGCAUGUAAUCCUACAAUUUGAAUCCUAACAUUCAUACAGUAAAGUUGAUGUACUGUGCUGUCUCUCAAGUAGUUAUUCUCUGUUAGUAAAAGGCAAUACACCCAUAGAUGAGUAUACUAUCUACAGUCAAUAACUAAAUGAAUAUGACAUGGGUUUUCAUAUCACGAUUUACAUGUCAUUGCAAUGAAGAAUUGAACGGCAAUAGCCAUUAUAUUUAACGGCAAUGGCCAUGUGUUUAUUAAAGUGGGCCCAAUGCCAUUCAACAGAUGCUCAGAAGUCAUCGACACCACCGUUGAAUAGCCGUCCUCCUCUCUUAUUUCCUAUCUAACAGAACUUACCGUCACGUGUCCUCGUAUGGUGAGCAUCUGCUGGAAGGCAUUGUGUGCCCCCCCCCCCCCCUGUGUGUUAUUGACAUAAGUGUGGCAUGAAAACUGACCCCCGGUGUGCCUCUGGUGGAACAACGUCAUGUAAAUAAUUGCUGUUGUCUGGCUGCUUAUAAUGUAUGAAGUGUGCGAUGCAUAAUGUGUGUUUGUGUUAUUAAUGCAAGUCAUUGUAACAUUGUUUUGUUUAUUUGUUCAGUUUUUAUUAAAAGUGACAUAUUUUAUUACACUUA